CUUCUAUCAAGCAACGAACAAUCUAAUACUCUGAACUUGCUUCUUGUUCUUCUUGGAGCCACUGGAGCGUGUCUGUUCAUUUCUUCAGUACUACAAUAUUGGCGUCUCCGACAUAUACCUGGGCCACCCCUUGCAGCAUGGACAAAUCUCUGGCUUAUGCAGCGUAUGAACGGCAAGGAGAAGUUUUACAACAUCAGNAAAAGACUACAUCAGAAGUACGGACCUGUUCAACGUUAUGGUCCGAAUAGAGUCAUGUUCAGUGACGUUUCCGCUGUGCAUUCUAUUCAUCCGACAUCGAAUAUCCUUCCCAAGGUCUUGUUUGUCAAUGGUUCCGAAGUUGCGUCCUUCAUCGCCAUCACCGAUGAUGACAAGGCUGCAAGGCUCAAGCGCUUCUUGCAUCCAACUUUUAGUCCCAAUGGUGUCUUGCGAUACGAAUCACAUGUCGAUCAUACAGUGUCUGAAUUGAUCAGUCAUCUUCGCGGUACCGGACCCACCACUGACCUCGCUCAUUGGUUGGCCUGGUUCGCAUUCGACACAAUCACUCGCAUCGGCUUCAGCGAGGAUCAAGGAUUUAUGAGAGAACAGACAGAUAUAGGUGGGGCUGGUAAGGCAGCUCAAAGAAGGUUCGCCCAUUGGAACUUCUACUGGACUAUUCCAUGGCUCGACGCACUCUUGUACAAGAACUGGUAUGUUAGAAAUCGCGUAGCAACACCAUCAGGUCUCGUUAAGUUAGCGUCACGAGUUGUUCAGGCUCGUAAGGCCAAAGGAGGAUUGGGAAUUCACCACGAUUUGCUCGAUCUGUACAUGGAGUCUGGUAAACAGGAUCCACAACUCUACACUCCGUCUACUAUAAUUGGCCUGACCAUGACGACUAUACAUGCGGGAGCAGAGACUACUGCAUAUACUUCUGCUAUAUGCAUGUAUCUCAUCCUCAGCAACAAACGUGUUCACGACAAACUGAGACAAGAAUUACAAUCUAUCAUGCCAGCGACCAGCUCCGACUGGGAACUCCCUGAAUUGUCUGUGCUACAAAAGCUGCCUUACCUGGAAGCUUGCAUCAAAGAAUCAGCACGCGUCAAGCCAUCGGCCAACAUCAUGGGCGAACGUGUGGUGAACAGCGACGACGCCAUCAUUGCCGGAGUGCCAGUCCCAAGAGGCACGAUUGUUGCCGUGAACACGGCUGGCCUCAACACAGAUCCUAGUAUCUGGGGUUCAGAUGUCGAAGUGUUUAGGCCAGAACGCUGGCUCGAGGCCUCCGAAGAACAACGAGUGUUGAUGCAUCGUGCUAACCUCACCUUCUCCGCGGGUAAGCGCAUAUGCCUUGGAAUGCAUAUUGCUUGGAUGGAGAUGAAGAAAGUCAUCUCGGCUUUGGUCAUGAAUUCUGAUAUUGAGUUGGUUCAUCCCGAAGAAGAUCUAAAGCAGACAUCUGGUGUCUUUGGCGUUCCGGAAGAGAUCAAGGUAUACAUUCGUUCACGCACGAAGGCUUGGAUAGCGGCCUUGGUUAUUGAUGACAAUUUCCAUGGGGACUUCAAAACAGGUCUU